AUGGUUCGCUCGGCUCACCGGCCCAAGGACUCCUCGCCACGCCCGUAUGUCAUCAGAGAAAGCCUGCCCUGUCUCCUCGAUGAGAGCACCAGCAUCUCCAGCGCCGAUGAAGCUCUAGAAUGUUCCCCGGGACCGUCUUGUUCGAUCUGGACGAGAGUGCGGGCUGAGGGUACACACUUCUUGGAAGACAUUGUUGAAGCAUUCGAGAGCCCACAAAAAGACCACGACAUGAGCGCGGACAACACACGGUUGAGUGCCGUCCAGCUGAGACGGGAUAUCAGGAGAUGCUACGCCGCCAGCCAUCCAUUCAUCCAAUGCGCAGCAGCCCUCUACGAUCUGCUACUUUGGAAGAAUCCUCUAGCCACGCUGCUUCUGAUGCUAGUCUUUUUCUACUCCCUCUACCGCGGCUGGCUCGCCUCGCUGCUGAUCGCGCUCUUCUGGCUGCAGUUGAGCCUCAACUACCUGAAGUCGAAUAAAAACAUCGACAUCGGCCUCAACUUCCUGCCCAGAAAAGAUAUCCCGAUGCCAAAAUUUGACAUCACCGGCGCCCAGGUGAUCUACGAGGUGGCCAAGGUCGGGCAGCGACUGUUGAGUUUGGCAGCAGGGUUCUUGGAAAAGCUCGAAGCGCUGUUGACCUGGCGAGAUCCCGAGGUGACCAAGAUCUUCUACGGGCUUCUCGUUUACUGGCUCGCCUGGUCGCUCGCCUUCACGACUGGAACGUGCAUUGGAUGGUGUGUGGCCGCACUCGGCGUACGAAUUUUUCUGACGACAUUCCUGUUCAAGAAAUUCCCGCUGCUUCGCUAUCGGCUUGACACCUAUGGCUACUUCUACCGCAACCUGCCGCUCAAGCAAAAAUCGCUGCGACCAGCGAUAAGCGAACACAAGUCGAUCCCGAAGAUUUUCACGGAAAGCCCGUCGGCCGCCGGCAGCCUGCACUCCCUACAAUCGCGGCUUCACACCCCGCGCCGCUCCAUCUGCAACGGCGAGAUAUUCCAGUCGAAAAUGGGCAGCAAUUUUGACCUGAAUCAGCUGUCAACGGUCAAUGUGCUGGAGCCGGGCCUGAGGAAGAAGUCUUCUAUCUCUCCAAUGCCGAGCCCGCAGGCACCGUCGAAGCCCGUGAUUUUCCAUGCUUCUUCGGAAGACGCCGGACUCAGCUCGCUUGAGGAUGAUGACAGCCUGAGCAACGGCAGCGACCCGAUGCUGGACAAUGUGAUCGCAUUCCGGAGCUGCGUCCUUAACGACAAGGAGAAGCGUUUCCCGAAGGGCAUCAGCCAGGGCAUCCUCUACCUGACCGAUCGGGCGCUGGUGUUCAAGCAAAAGGGAAAAGCCGAGCAUCCGGCGCCCCUGCUCGUCGUCGAGGACAUCAAGUCGGUCAGAAAGAUUUCGAUCCUCCGAACCCUGUCGCUGCUGGCCGGCACCAGGAAAUCGAUCGAGAUUGUCGUCUCGGGCCGCAGCAAGCCCGUACAAUUUAUCGGCGUCGCAAAACGGGACGACUUUGUGAUGCGGCUGGAAGUCGUCUGCCGGACCCGGAACUCGUCGACAAUUUUCCACGACGAG